GCAGCUAGCUCAACUGACUGAAUUCUCCUCUUCCUCUCCCUGCUCCUUCCUCCUCGUGAGUCACCGGCGAUCCCUCGUCGCCGCGAGGACGGACAUCAGUGCCGACGCCGGCCUUUCUCCAGGUCUUUGCACCCAACAGUCAGGGUCCCGGCUCCUCCCUUGCUUCCGAUGUGCAGAUUGCUACGGCGGCGAGUAUGUUGCGAUGGUAUCUAGCUUCCAACGGCAUUGCGCUGCGCUUCCCCAUCGAGGGUGAUGUCUGCGCGCGCGGGGUGCUCGCUCUCGGUUCCCACAGGAGUAGUAGGAGGACGAGACCGCGCAGGCACGCAGCGGUCUUCGCUAAUAGGAGGCGGCGGCGGCGGCUAAGCAAGUGGCAGCGGCCGUGGUGGAAGACAUUCUUUGCGGACUGGAACGACGACGAGGAGAGCCUGGCCGGAUUCAGGGAGGACGACGAGCUGCUGGAGGAGAUUGCCAGCGACCAGGAGCUGUCGGAGAAUGAAAAGUUCGAGACGUGGAGGAGGAAGGCCGAGGCGAUUGUUGAGCUGCGCGAGGCCCAGCAGGAUGCGAUGAAUGCCGAGGAGCGGUUGUGGCAGGAUUGGAUCAGUGGUGGUGGCGGCGGCGGUGCUUCGGGGAGUGGAGGUGGGGAAGCCAGCUUGUCGGACCAGAUAACUGAUGAUCCUGCCGAGAUAGUGUGGGGUAAGGGCAUUAUUCAGGUUUUGAAAGAUACCGUCGAUGAGGAUUAUGAGGACAUGCUGUUUGAAGAUCGAGUGUUUAUGUAUGCCUCCACAAACUCGGCCAAAUUUCUAGCAUUGUUGAUUGUGGUUCCGUUGGUGAUAGAUUUUCUAGUCCAUGACUAUGUUUUGAUGCCCUUCUUAGAGAGGUAUGUCCAGAAGGUGCCACUUGCAGCUGAAUUACUUGAUGUAAGGCGCAACCAGAAGCUGCAGAUCGUUAAAGACCUAAACAUUGAAAAGGCAAGAUACCGUCUUGAAGUAGAGAUUGGCAAAUCUCCUCCACUUUCUGAUGAGGAGGUCUGGUAUGAGCUGCGGGAAAAAGCAAUAGAGUUGAGGGAUGAUUGGAGGCUAGAAAAUCGAGCAGCUUUUGCAAAUAUAUGGUCCGAUAUGGUUUCUGGGAUGGUUCUAUUCCUUCUAAUGUGCUUCAACCAGAGCAAAGUUGCGAUGCUGAAGUUCACAGGAUAUAAGUUGCUCAAUAGAAUUUCAGACAGUGGGAAGGCCUUUCUUAUUAUUAUAGUAUCAGACAUCCUUCUAGGGUACCAUUCAGAGUCAGGAUGGCAUACAUUGGUACAAGUUAUUCUCGAGCAUUACGGGCUUGAAGCUGAUGAAGCGGCAGUCACAUUUUUUGUUUGUCUGUUUCCAGUUGCUUUGGAUGUGUACAUAAAGUUUUGGGUAUACAAAUACCUUCCAAGAUUAUCGCCCAGUGUGGGCAACGUUCUGGAUGAGAUAAAACGCCAUUAGAGAUUUUUUUUAGUUUCCUUAAUUGAGAGAUUAUCGCCUUCCAGUUGCAGGUAGUCAAUGGGUAUAUUGUCUUGGCAUAUUAAGUUUUCAAAUCUGAAGGAUCUCUUCGUCUGAAAGGCCUUGCCUGGAAUGCCUGCCUGGCCAUCAAUCAGAGUCUCUGGCUGUUCAGGGAGACUGGGAAUUGGAGAAGUAACCUGAGCUGCUAGUCCUUAUUCUAAAACCAUGUCUUGUGAAAGACUGUAUGUUAGCCGGUUAGCGAUAUUCUCCUGGUGAACACGAUGAUUCUGCACGAUAUAUAGUAUAUAUACCCUACAGGAAACUUCAGGCUCUUGGUCUGACAUUUAUCAUUGGCAAGCAUUUUUGCCUAGAAAUUCUUUUGCAUGUUGGAGGCCUUGAAACCUGUCAGGUUAUCGUUUCAGGAUGUCCAGAGCUGUCAGAACUGAAACGUACGACAUCUUGAAGGUUUCAUGAGUUGCAGGGUUCAGAAACCCGCAAGGUUUCAUUAUGUCCUAAAGUUCAAUUGUAAAUUGAUUCGGUCUGAAUCUUUAUCUUUCGACAAAGUAAGUUUUAAUUUAAUAACUAA